UUUCAUGUCAAGUAACAAGUAAUCAUAACCUUAAAAUUAAAAUCUUUUGCAAAGCAAUUUAUGAUUUAAAAUUAAAUCUUUAUUGUACAGAACACAUCAUAUUGGACGUACAAAUUAAGGAUUUUGAAACUUAUAAGAAAAACAUAAAAAGAUGUCUACUCGAUGGUAUCCAAUUUAUCAGAGAGGGAACCCACAACUACGUGUGUUCUUGCCAAAUUUUUGGAUGAAAUUAGUUCGUCCCCUUCCAAAACAACAACCAAAUAUUGUGCAUUUCAUAUGUUCUAUGGAAAUGACAAAGUAUGAUAUAAGGAAUUAUUUAGAAAAAAUAUACAAUGUACCUGUAGUAGAUGUACGAACUAAAAUUAACCUUGGUAAAUUCAAAAAGGAUGUAGGAAGAGGAUAUGUUGUGAAGGAUGAUGAUAUUAAAUACGCAUUUGUUACUCUGCCGAAAGAUAUGAAGUUUGAAUUUCCAAACAUAUUUGAAAAGAAAAAAGGUGAUCUGGAAGAUAAUGAAAAAUCUUUAGAAGAAUCAAAGAAAACAUUUAAAAGUUAUAUAGCACGAAACAAAGACCGAAGUGAUAUCCCUAGCUGGUUUUCAUUAUAAUUUUUAGUUUUAAUAUAAAAUGUAGCUAAUAGUGUUUAAUAAUAAAUUAUUACUUGUAUGAUGUGAAUUAGAAAUAUAAGUGUUUACAUUG